GCCACGGCCACACCGUUUCUGUUUUGGAUACUGUUGCUGUUGCUGCGGCUGCUGUGACACCCAGCGCUUUUCUUUGUACCGCCAUUGCUUAUUGCGAUUCCUCCUCAGAAGCUCCAACUUUGCUCGUCUCCUCCCCCUCCAUUAGCGCCGCAGCUUAGACCGAACGUCUGCAAUACCGAAUCUUGCGCAUGUGGCUUGUUGCGUCGACGACACUCCGAUCGUGAACGAGAAGCACAAUGAGCUCCCCGUCUGAGGCGGCAGACCCGACGAAGCGGGAAGAGUCUGGGGCGAAACAAGGAGAGGCUCAGCCAGCACCGGCACCGGCACCGGCACCGACAACAGCUGCAGCUGCAGCGGCGCCGCCUGCGGCCACGGUAUCGGACGAUGUUGACGAUGUUCCCGAUCCAGACGAGGAUGACCUGGAUGAUCUCGACGAGUUACUUGACGGCUUCAAGGCCGUUCGACAGGAGAUGAUCAACGACGACACGUUAAAAGAAGGCCCUGAAGCCGCGGAGCUCGACUACGACAACAUGUCAGAAGAGGAGGUUACAAAGAGGAUGCAAGCAGGCAUAGCCGGUUUGUUGGCUAACUUGGAGCAAUCUCCCGAGCUGCAAGCUCAGUUCGAAGAGAUGUUUAAGCAGAUGGGCGCAGAAAUGGGCGCCGCGAUGGAAGAGGAGGAGCAGCAACAGGAGCAGCAAUCCAGCAGCAAAGACAAGAGCACGCCCGCCCCAAGCGCCACCUCCAGUGCCGCCGCACCUGCUCCGGCCGCUGCUCCGGCCGCUGCCCCGGCCAUCCCUUCGACGGGAACCCCUCAGCCGCCUCGUGAAGGCUCCGGUGGCGCGGCAUUUCAGGACACCAUCCGCCGUACCAUGGAGCGCAUGCAUGCUUCUGGCGAGCAAGCUACCGCGGCGGCGGCGGCGGGAGGCGACGAUGACUUCCUCUCCGAGAUGCUCAAGCAGCUGACGUCUGGCGAGUUUGCGGGCGGCAGCGAAGAGGACUUUUCCAAGAUGCUCAUGGGCAUGAUGGAGCAGCUGACCAACAAGGAGAUUCUGUACGAGCCGAUGAAGGAGCUGCACGACAAGUUCCCCGCCUGGAUCGCCAAGAACAAGGACUCGGUUCCCGCCGACGAUCUGAAGAGAUACAUGGAGCAAAAGGUCAUUGUAGAGGAGAUUGUGGCCAAGUUUAACGAGCCCACCUACUCGGACUCUAACGCGGCCGAUAGGGAGUACAUCGUCGACAGGAUGCAGAAGAUGCAAGCAGCAGGCUCGCCACCGUCAGACCUGGUCGGGGACAUGGCCUCUGCUCAGGAAGCAUUCAACUCGGCAGAAGACCAGUGCACCCCGCAAUAA